UGACGUUUAUGAGCGAACUGUAUAUAAACAAGUUAGGUAAGAGGAGAGUAUUUUGGCUUAGUCAGUCAGAGCGAUGGCAUCGACAGUUGCAAGGCGAUUAUUAUUUUCCACAGCUUCAAAGAACCUGAUAAACAAUGCCAGAUAUUAUUCAAGCAGGCUUGAUCCGUGCCAGUCUGGAUCUAUGUUAGAUAUCGGAACUAGGCGAAUCUUUAAUGAGGACCAUGAUAUAUUCAGACAAACAGCGAGAAGGUUCUUUCAAGAAGAAAUUAUCCCCAACCAUGAUAAGUGGGAAAAUGAUGGUCAAGUUAGCAGAGAGUGCUGGGAGAAAGCUGGAGCUAUGGGUUUGCUUGGUGUUGACACCCCUGAAAGUCAUGGAGGGCUUGGUGGAGAUUUCCUGAUGGCUGCUAUUGUAAUUGAGGAACAAGGGUAUUCCAAUUGCUCAGGACCAGGCUGGGCCCUGCAUUCCCAUAUUGUGAUGCCUUACAUUUCACACUACGGUAACAAAGAACAAAUUGAGAAGUUUCUCCCACAAAUGACUGCAGGAAAAUGUAUUGGAGCUAUUGCUAUGACUGAGCCAGGUGCUGGAAGUGAUCUUCAAGGUGUGAAAACCAAUGCCAAGAAAGAUGGGAGUGAUUACAUCCUGAAUGGCAGCAAAGUUUUUAUCACAAACGGCUUCAUGAGUGAUGUAGUUAUAGUUGUUGCAGUGACAAAUCCACAAGCAAAAUCUAUUGCCCAUGGGACGAGUCUGUUUUUGGUAGAAGAAGGAAUGAAAGGAUUUAAAAAAGGCAAAAAGCUGAAGAAAAUGGGACUCAAGGCACAGGAUACAGCUGAACUUUUCUUUGAAGAUGUUCGAUUGCCCAAGUCAGCUCUUCUAGGUGAAGAAAACAAAGGUUUUUAUUACCUGAUGAACGAGCUGCCUCAAGAAAGACUUUUAAUUAGUACCAUGGGCCUUGCAAACUGUGAAUUUAUGUUUGAAGAAACCAGAAAGUAUGUGAAGGAAAGAAAAGCCUUUGGGAAAACACUUUCCAAAUUACAAGUGAUCCAACACAAGUUAGCUGAAAUGAAAACAGAAAUUGCAGUCACAAGAGCUUUCAUGGACAGGUGCUUAGAGCUACACAAUGUCAACAAGCUUGAUGGGAGCACAGCUUCAAUGAGCAAAUAUUGGGUGUCAGAGCUGCAGAACAAAAUCGCAUAUCAAUGUGUCCAGCUUCAUGGAGGAUGGGGCUACAUGAUGGAAUAUCCCAUUGCUAAGGCGUAUCUUGAUGCAAGAGUGCAACCAAUUUAUGGUGGAAGCAAUGAAAUAAUGAAAGAAUUAAUUGCAAGACAAAUUAUAAGCAAUUAAAUUUUGAAAUAUCAAAAUUUAAAAAACUGAUUUUCAUAAAUUUUGUUGCUUGUUUCAACUGUUAUAAAAAAUGAAUACAUAAAGCUCAUUCAUUGUUAUCUACUGAGCUUGUUAAAAUAAAACUUGCAAAUAAAAUGUUUAAAAAUUUAAGUUACUGUGAUUUCAGGAAUUAUUCUUAAGUUUAUAGCCAAAAGUGAAUUUCUGUUUCACACCAAAUUGUGUAGGUGAGAUCUACGUUUAUGAAAUAUAUGUACAAGUGCCAUAUUUGCUUCAUAUGUUAUAUUUUGAUACCUAUCACCAUUGAUGAUUAUUGGGAAAAAUUCAAUUACCAAUGUGCAGUUGAAACCUACAAGUAAACUUUUUUUUCCAUUUGUACUAAAUCCACUGGUGAUUUUCUAAAUUUGACAUCAUUAUGGGCUUUUGUUAAACUCUUACUUGUUAAAAAAACCAUGAAAGGACUAUGACAAAACAAUUGUAUUGUAUACUGGUACUUGUGUUUAUAUAUAUAGUGAUGAAUUUUUUAUAUUAUACAUUUUAUGUGCCAUACCCAAAGGACAUCAUACUGUUUCCAAAUUGAGCAGAAAAUAUUGUUUCUGUAUUAAUCUAAAACAAAACGUUUUGUUUUCUAAUUAAAACAUUCUUUACAAUUAAAA